AUGCAAUCAUACUCCGAUGCCGCGCUAAUGCUUACGGAAAAUCAUUUUCAUGCCUGGUACCCCCAAUCCCGCUUAUACGCUCAGCCUUGUCGCGCGCAGACACCGCAGCAUAGACGUAACAGACCAUUGUCCCACUGGGAUUCUCUUCUUCAGACGUGGCGGCGCUUUGGCCGCGAUCGUGUGAUGGGUGUGCUUGCCCGUUGCGUGCGUGCCAACUCGACCGGACACUGGCAGUAUGACCUUUGCGAUAGCGGCGACAAGUACGCCCUGGUGCUGACCAACUUGGCGUUUGUGCAUGAGGCGGCACGCAUCAAGUACGGCUUCAAGCACAAUGCGUGGCGCAAGUCGCUAGCCGACAAGCUGCGGGCGUAA